AUGAGACUUAUCAGUGUAACUCCAUCUUUUUCUGCCGACUAUAUCGUUCCCUUCCGACCAUAUCCGUUCCAGGUAUGGUUUCAGAAUGCUCGGGCGCGCAAAAAGAAGACUGAGCGCGGCAUCAGUUUGGUGUGUCCAAACAGUGGGCGCAAUAACAACAGCAAUAGCAGCUUACUUUUGUCGUUGCCACUGCAGUCACCGAGGUCAUGUCUACCAGCGAUGCCACAAGUACCACCAGCAUCAGUGGAGCCUGCAGUCUGUUCGAGUCUGUACACCGAUGAUCUGGCGUCAUCUCGACACUCUGAGCAUGGGCAAUCGGCUGUGCUGUCCGAGAUUGGUGGGAGUGUGAACAGAGGCACAUAUGGGCUGAUUGCGGUCACUGUUGGGCUGUCAGGUCGGUCCGAUGCACCAGCUUGCUCACCACCACCCCUGUUGUCGUCUUCCUCUCAUCUGCAACAGUCGUUGCUGGUACUGCCUGGACAGUCAGUCCUACACCCCUCCAGUCUUCAGCCCAACAUUCUCCCCUCAUCAACCCUUAUUCCGCCUGUACCCUCUUCUCUGAUGGCACCGCAUCUUCAGGUGACCGGGCAAACUUACGCUCUCCGCAACACACCCCAUCCUAGCGGCCCAUUCUGCCCACCUCCACCCAAGCCGACACUCGGAUUCGCACUAUUUUCCCACUCCCUCACCGGAUCCUCGUUCCGAGGUCUGCAUACCGCCUACACGAGCCAGCCACCACGUGUCUCGGAUCAGAUGCAUCAAAUGCCAGAAUUGCCUCCUUCGCCGCCCCUUCUGCCCCCCUCCUCACCUCCAAGCCUGGCCCCAGAGCCAAGAUGUCUGGUGGGCUCUGUCUGCAACGCCCAGCCACCGUUGAAUUCGUCUCCGAUGGUGGCAGCAGCAGCAGAAGCUGUCUGUCUACACAGACCCGACGGACUCUUGCACCCCUUGAAUGGACACGAGCUGAGGCCGACCGAAACGCGAGCCAAAUGGUUGCUUCAACAGCACCAACCAACACUAUCACCUCCUUCUGCCCAGCUUCGCUCGUCUGCCUGUGAGGCUUCAGUGCAUAUGGAACCAUGCGGUUAUGCAUCACAGGCUCGCAUGGAGCACCUUGUACCCGAAACCACUCAAGGUUACCAACAGCAGACGCAACAUCAACACCAGCAAGGACAGCAACAACAGGUUAUGCAUCAAAAUGCCCCUAUUUCCUUCCUCGGCAUAUCUGGCAAUGCAGGUUUGGCCAUGACGACACAGCCCUACCUCACGAUGAAUAUGGCGUCAGAAACUGCGAUUACGGCCACGUCUACAGAUGCAGCGGUUCCAAUGCGAAUGAUGAUGGCCAUUAUGUCUAAGCCAAUGACCUCCCAGCAAGUAAGGCCAAGAGAGCAAGAUGGGGUUGCUUUGUAUGACGUGAAAAAGGAGGCCAGAGAGGUUGGGGCAGGUGGUGACGAGGUUGCGUCGUUUUGCUGCUCGAAAGGCUCUUCCUGUACAGACUUGCUUGCCUCGACGGCCGAUACAACACCGUCCGCCUUGAAAGGUCUCUUCAGCAGUGAUGACUGUCUGAACGAGUCCAGGCUCCAAAAUACUUCCAAUCCGUUGGCAAUGAGAAGAGCAGGGCCGGUGGACAUCAAUUAUGGCUCGUCUCCAAUCCUU